AGUAAACUGUGUUGCAGAGCAAAACAGAAGCAAAGCCAUAACCUUUAAGUCAGUCAGUCAGUCAAUCCACCUGUCUCUAGUUUUCCAUUUAAUUUAAUGCUGCUCUCAAAUUCUUAUUCUUUAACUUCCCCAAAGUUCCCAUCGCCAAAACUCACUCUUCACCACAAUCGCAGCCCAAAACGAAUCGUCAGAAUGUCCCAGACUUCCGAAAACCCAGUGAAGCAGCAACUGAAAAUCAUCGUACCCAACAAACACGGUGAGAAACUUGUUGGCUUAUUACAUGACACAGGUUCUGGGGAGAUUGUAAUCUUAUGUCACGGUUUUCGAUCCUCCAAGGAAACGAAGAGUAUUGCCAACAUUGCUGUUGCAUUGGAGAAUGAAGGAAUUAGUUCGUUUCGUUUUGACUUUGCUGGAAAUGGGGAAAGUGAAGGUAUAUUUCAGUAUGGUCACUAUCGUAGAGAGGCCGACGACUUGCAUGCUGUAGUCCAACACUUCUCUGGGGAAAAUCGUGUUCCAAGUGCAAUUCUUGGGCACAGUAAAGGAGGCGAUGUUGUACUCCUAUAUGCUUCCAAGUAUCAUGACAUUCCUACUGUUGUCAAUGUUUCUGGGCGUUAUGAUAUGAAGAGAGGCGUUAAAGAACGGUUUGGAGAAGACUUUAUGGAAACAAUCAAGAAGGAAGGAUUCUUUGAUGUUCAGGAUAAGAGAGGAAGUUAUCGUGUGACCGAGGAAAGUUUGAUGGAUCGCCUAAGUACAGAUAUGCAUGAAGCGUGCCUUCAGAUUGACAAAGAUUGUCGGGUGUUAACUGUCCACGGGUCUGCUGAUGAAGUCAUUGCUAUUGAAGAUGCGUUAGAGUUUGCGAAGAUUAUACCUAACCACAAAUUACAUAUCGUAGAGGGAGCUAACCAUAACUACAGCUCACAUCAAGCCGAGUUAGCAUCAGUUGUUGUGGACUUCAUAAAGACAUCACUGCAGCAGGACAAGCAGCCUACUUCCUAGCUGGUCCUGCUAUACCAAUCAGUGUACAAUUUGCCUGGUGGUUGAUUCUUUCCCCUGAAGUUUUAACAAAGUUGUUCAUUACAGUUUUUCAUAUCAACUAUUGUUGGACUCACCUCCACGUUCAUAACUGCCGACAACCUUCCUUGGCCGACUUGGUGCUGUGCCGUAGAAACAAGAUACUUAAUGACCUCAAUUAUGGUUCAAUUCUUAG